CUCGACUUCUCCGAGCCACCGCCUGCUGCCUGGGAAAGCCGGCGUUGCUCUUGGCGGCGGCUUCGGGCGCAGCAGGGUGAAGCGGAGGCCGGGGUGGCGGGAGGCCGGCGGGGCCGGGGCGGGAGGCGAAGACUCAUGCAAUGGCCACAGAUGAUAAGAGCUCCCCGACUCUGGAGUCCGCUAGUGACCUGCCUCACUCGCCCACUAGUCCGUCUCACCUCACCCACUUCAAACCCUUGACUCCUGACCAGGAUGAGCCCCCCUUCAAGUCAGCGUACAGUUCUUUUGUAAAUCUCUUUCGUUUUAACAAAGAGAGGGGAGAAGGGGGCCAAGGAGAGCAGCCAUCUCCGAGUGCAGGUUGGUCCAGCCCUCACAUCCCUUCGAGGACACAGUCGGUGAAGUCGCCCGUACCUUAUAAAAAGCAGCUUGAUGAGGAGCUCCAGCGGCGCUCUUCAGUACUAGCAGAGAACACUUUGCCACAUCCCCAGGAGAACACAGACUCAAGAAGGAAAGUAGAACCAGCCUUUGGAGGUCAUGACCCACGUACAGCUGUUCAGCUUCGAAGCCUCAGCACAGUAUUGAAGCGCCUCAAGGAGAUCAUGGAAGGGAAGAGCCAGGACAGUGACCUGAAGCAGUACUGGAUGCCAGAUAGCCAGUGCAAAGAGUGCUAUGAUUGCAGUGAAAAAUUCACAACCUUUAGGCGCAGACACCAUUGCAGAUUGUGUGGGCAGAUUUUCUGCAGUCGUUGUUGUAAUCAAGAAAUCCCUGGAAAGUUUAUGGGCUACACAGGAGACCUCCGAGCGUGCACAUACUGUAGAAAAAUAGCCUUAAGUUAUGCUCAUUCCACAGACAGUAAUUCCAUUGGGGAAGACUUGAAUGCUCUCUCAGAUUCAACUUGCUCUGUGUCUAUACUUGAUCCAGGUGAACCUCGGACACCUGUUGGGAGUAGAAAAGCUAGUCGUAACAUAUUUUUAGAGGAUGAUUUAGCCUGGCAAAGCUUGAUUCAUCCAGACUCCUCAAAUAGUGCUCUUUCAACAAGACUUGUCUCUGUUCAAGAGGAUGCAGGGAAGUCUCCUGCUCGAAACAGAUCAGCCAGCAUUACUAAUCUGUCACUGGAUCGAUCUGGUUCUCCUAUGGUUCCUUCAUAUGAGACAUCUGUCAGUCCCCAGGCUAACCGAACCUAUGUUAGAACAGAGACUACUGAGGAUGAACGCAAAAUUCUUCUGGACAGUGUCCAGUUAAAAGAUCUGUGGAAGAAAAUCUGCCACCACAGCAGCGGGAUGGAAUUUCAGGAUCACCGCUACUGGCUGAGAACACAUCCCAACUGCAUUGUCGGAAAGGAGUUAGUCAACUGGCUAAUCAGAAAUGGACACAUUGCUACAAGGGCACAAGCGAUAGCAAUUGGACAAGCGAUGGUUGAUGGACGUUGGCUGGACUGUGUCAGUCAUCAUGACCAGCUUUUCAGGGACGAGUAUGCUCUGUAUAGACCGUUGCAGAGUACCGAGUUUUCUGAAACACCUUCUCCAGACAGCGACUCAGUGAACUCUGUGGAAGGACACUCUGAACCAUCCUGGUUUAAAGACAUAAAAUUUGAUGAUAGUGACACAGAACAGAUUGCUGAAGAAGGCGACGAUAAUUUGGCUAAUUCUGCCAGUCCUAGCAAGCGCACCUCAGUCAGCAGUUUCCAGUCCACAGUGGACAGUGACUCAGCCGCUUCUAUCAGCCUGAACGUGGAGCUGGACAACGUGAACUUCCAUAUCAAGAAGCCCUCCAAGUACCCACAUGUGCCCCCUCACCCUGCUGACCAAAAAGAGUAUUUGGUUUCCGACACUGGAGGACAGCAGCUCUCAAUAAGCGAUGCCUUCAUCAAAGAAUCUUUGUUUAAUCGUCGAGUAGAGGAAAAAUCCAAAGAACUGCCCUUUACCCCUUUGGGCUGGCAUCAUAACAACCUGGAGCUCUUGCGGGAGGAGAAUGAGGAGAAGCAAGCCAUGGAAAGGCUGCUCUCAGCUAAUCAUAACCACAUGAUGGCACUACUCCAGCAGUUGAUUCACAACGAGUCAUUGUCAUCGUCUUGGAGGGACAUCAUUGUGUCCCUAGUCUGCCAGGUUGUUCAGACAGUCCGACCUGAUGUUAAGCACCAGGAUGAUGACAUGGAUAUCCGCCAGUUUGUCCACAUCAAGAAGAUUCCAGGUGGAAAGAAAUUUGAUUCUGUGGUUGUUAAUGGCUUUGUUUGUACCAAGAACAUUGCACAUAAAAAGAUGAAUUCUUGUAUUAAAAAUCCCAAAAUCCUUCUGUUGAAGUGUUCCAUUGAGUAUCUCUAUAGAGAAGAAACUAAGUUUACUUGCAUUGAUCCUAUUGUGCUUCAGGAAAGGGAAUUCUUGAAGAAUUAUGUUCAACGGAUAGUUGAUGUUCGACCCACAUUGGUUCUAGUUGAGAAAACAGUAUCUCGGAUUGCUCAGGACAUGUUACUGGAACAUGGCAUUACUCUGGUCAUUAAUGUAAAGUCACAAGUUUUAGAACGAAUCAGUCGAAUGACCCAAGGUGAUUUAGUGGUGUCCAUGGACCAGCUGCUCACUAAACCACACCUGGGCACUUGCCACAAAUUUUAUAUGCAGAUAUUUCAGUUACCUAAUGAACAAACCAAAACACUGAUGUUUUUUGAAGGCUGUCCACAGCACCUAGGAUGUACAAUCAAGCUCAGAGGAGGCUCAGAUUAUGAGCUGGCUCGAGUUAAGGAGAUCCUAAUAUUUAUGAUCUGUGUAGCUUAUCAUUCUCAACUAGAAAUCUCCUUUCUCAUGGAUGAGUUUGCUAUGCCUCCAACUUUAAUGCAAAGCCCUUCAUUCCAUUCUCUGUCUGAGGGCCGAGGGGAAGAAGGAGUGCUUCAGGAGCAGUACAGUGGCAGCUCCCUUCCCCAGGACCCAGAGUGCCCUCCUGACUCCCUGUCUUCUGAUGAUAGCACUUUGUUGGAAUCAAGGAUUAUGCUUGAGAAGGGUGAGCAGGACAGUAAAAGUGUUCCCCAGGCGGUUGCCUCUGUGAAACAUCAAGAUUACUCUGCACCCACUUGCCCAGCAGGUAUUCCCUGUGCUCUCUUUGCAUUGGUACCUGAAUCCUUGUUGCCUCUCCAUAUGGAUCAACAGGAUGCUAUAGGACAUAAAGAGCCAGAGACUUCGCAGCAAACAGAUGAACACCAGGAUCCCAAAAGCCCGAUAAGAGCCUUUAGAGACCCCCUACAGGAUGACACCGGGAUGUACAUUACUGAGGAAGUCACCUCCUCUGAAGAUAAACGAAAGACUUACUCUUUGACAUUUAAACAAGAAUUAAAAGACGUGAUCCUCUGUAUCUCUCCAGUUAUUACAUUCCGGGAACCUUUCCUUUUAACUGAAAAGGGGAUGAGGUGCUCAACUCGAGAUUAUUUUCCAGAGCAGAUUUACUGGUCUCCUCUCCUCAACAAGGAGGUGAAGGAAAUGGCGCUCAGGAGGAAGAAACAGCUGCUCAGGGAUCUCUCUGGACUUCAGGGCAUGAAUGGCAGUGUUCAGGCCAAGUCUAUUCAAGUCUUACCUUCACAUGAGCUAGUGAGCACCAGGAUCGCCGAGCAUCUCGGUGAUAGCCAGAGCUUGGGCAGAAUGCUGGCUGAUUAUCGAGCUAGAGGAGGAAGAAUUCAGUCAAAACAUUUGGACCCUUUUGUCCAUUCAAAAGAUGCAUCAUGUACUUCAGGAUGCAAAUCGGGAGACAAAACUGAGAGUGAUGAAGAGAAGGGGUUGGUCCCAAGCGAUGCCUUAUGGGCGACAAAGGUGGACUGCCUGAAUCCUGCCAACCACCAGAGGCUCUGUGUCCUCUUCAGCAGCUCCUCGGCCCAGUCCAGCAAUGCUCCCAGCGCUUGUGUCAGCCCUUGGAUUGUAACAAUGGAAUUUUAUGGAAAGAAUGAUCUUACACUGGGAAUAUUUUUAGAAAGAUACUGUUUCAGGUCGUCUUACCAGUGUCCUAGCAUGUUCUGUGAUACCCCCAUGGUGCAUCACAUUCGACGCUUUGUUCACGGCCAAGGCUGUGUGCAGAUAAUCCUGAAGGAGUUGGAUUCUCCGGUGCCUGGAUAUCAACAUACAAUUCUCACAUAUUCCUGGUGCAGAAUCUGCAAACAAGUAACACCAGUUGUUGCUCUUUCAAAUGAAUCCUGGUCUAUGUCAUUUGCAAAGUACCUUGAACUUCGGUUUUAUGGACAUCAGUACACACGCAGAGCCAAUGCUGAGCCGUGUGGUCACUCUAUCCACCAUGAUUAUCACCAAUAUUUCUCUUAUAACCAGAUGGUGGCAUCCUUCAGUUAUUCUCCUAUUCGGCUUCUUGAAGUGUGUGUUCCACUACCAAAAAUAUUCAUUAAACGUCAAGCCCCACUGAAAGUAUCCCUUCUCCAGGACCUCAAGGACUUUUUUCAGAAAGUUUCACAGGUAUACCAAGCUGUUGAUGAAAGACUUGCAUCCUUGAAAACGGAUACAUUUAGCAAAACAAGAGAGGAAAAAAUGGAAGAUAUUUUUGCACAAAAAGAGAUGGAGGAGGGUGAGUUCAAGAACUGGACUGAGAAGAUGCAAGCAAGGCUUCUGUCCUCCUCUGUGGAUGCCCCUCAGCAGCUGCAGGCCAUCUUUGAGUCACUCAUAGCUAAGAAGCAGAGUCUCUGUGAGGUGCUGCAAGCGUGGAACAGCAGGUUGCAGGACCUUUUCCAGCAGGAAAAAGGUAGAAAGAGGCCUUCGGUUCCUCCCAGUCCUGGAAGACUGAGACAAGGUGAAGAAAGCAAGAUAAGUGCAAUGGACACAUCUCCAAGGAAUAUUUCUCCAGGACUUCACAAUGGAGAAAAAGAGGAUCGCUUCUUGACAACCCUGUCCAGCCAGAGCUCCACAAGCUCUGCCCAUCUCCAGCUGCCAACUCCUCCUGAGGCCCUGGCUGAGCAGCUGAUGGGAGGGCCCUCCGACCUCGACACAGCCAGUGGCUCUGAAGAUGUAUUUGACGGGCAUUUGCUGGGAUCCACAGACAGCCAGGUGAAGGAGAAGUCAACCAUGAAAGCCAUCUUUGCUAAUCUGCUUCCAGGAAACAGCUAUAAUCCCAUUCCAUUUCCUUUUGAUCCAGAUAAACACUAUUUAAUGUAUGAACAUGAACGGGUCCCCAUUGCUGUCUGUGAGAAAGAGCCCAGCUCCAUCAUUGCCUUUGCACUCAGUUGUAAAGAAUACCGAAAUGCCUUAGAGGAAUUGUCCAAGGCAACUCUGUGGAACAGUGCUGAAGAAGGGCUUCCAGCAAAUAGUGCUUUAGAUAACAGACCAAAGAGUAGCAGCCCCAUUAGAUUACCUGAAAUUAGUGGAGGACAGACAAACCGUACAAUAGAAGCAGAACCUCAACCAACCAAAAAAGCUUCAGGAAUGUUGUCCUUCUUCAGAGGAACGUCAGGGAGGAGCCCUGAUCUCUCUUCUCAGAAGAGGGAGACUUUACGUGGGGCUGACAGUGCUUACUACCAGGUGGGGCAGACCGGCAAAGAGGGGACGGAGAGCCAAGGCGGGGAGCCUCAAGAUGAGGUAGAUGGAGGAGACACACAGAAAAAACAACUCACAAAUCCUCAUGUGGAACUUCAAUUUUCGGAUGCAAAUGCCAAGUUUUACUGUCGGCUGUACUACGCGGGAGAGUUUCAUAAGAUGCGGGAGGUGGUUCUGGGGAGCAGUGAGGAAGAUUUCAUACGCUCCCUUUCUCACUCCUCACCCUGGCAGGCCCGGGGAGGCAAGUCAGGAGCUGCAUUCUACGCCACGGAAGAUGAUAGAUUCAUUCUGAAGCAGAUGCCUCGUCUGGAAGUUCAGUCUUUCCUGGACUUUGCGCCACACUACUUCAACUACAUCACAAAUGCUGUCCAGCAAAAGAGGCCUACUGCUUUGGCCAAAAUACUUGGAGUUUACAGAAUUGGUUAUAAGAACUCUCAAAACAACACUGAGAAGAAGUUAGAUCUCCUUGUCAUGGAAAAUCUGUUCUAUGGGAGAAAGAUGGCACAGGUUUUUGAUUUGAAAGGUUCACUUAGGAAUCGAAAUGUAAAAACUGACACUGGGAAAGAGAGUUGUGAUGUAGUUCUGCUGGAUGAGAACCUCCUAAAGAUGGUUCGUGACAACCCUCUGUAUAUUCGUUCCCAUUCCAAAUCUGUGCUGAGAACCUCCAUCCAUAGUGACGCCCAUUUCCUUUCAAGCCACCUCAUUAUAGACUAUUCUUUGCUGGUUGGUCGAGAUGACACUAGCAAUGAGCUGGUAGUUGGAAUCAUAGAUUAUAUUCGAACAUUUACAUGGGACAAAAAGCUUGAGAUGGUUGUGAAGUCAACAGGAAUUUUAGGAGGACAAGGUAAAAUGCCAACUGUGGUCUCUCCAGAGUUGUAUAGGACUAGAUUUUGUGAAGCAAUGGACAAAUAUUUCCUUAUGGUGCCGGACCACUGGACAGGGUUGGAUCUGAAUUGCUGAAAUUCUGCAGAUGAUUUGAAGUAGACUGUGAAGGAACGUGGAUCUGAGCAAGAGACCCAGCUGUAUGACAUGUUUAUUUCUUUGUCUCGUCUAUCACUGAACACAAAGACCUUUCAGUUCUGUGAUUGCCCAUAGACUUUCUUUAGACUGUUGAUAACUGCAGGGUAAAAGCUCUGUGAAUUGUAUUUUGCUUCUGCUACUUGAAAUUAGCUGCCUGUAAAGCGGGAAACUCUACAGAGUUAAAUACAGGUUCUUCUCCAGGGGCUGUGAUUGGAGAUGCGUGUGUAGGGGAAGAAAUUGAGUUGUCAUGUUUACUAACUCAAUUGCUUAAAGAAAAGCUCUGUCUGGUAGACUGUGACUGUCUGGUAGACCUUGUCUCUCUGAUCGAUUGUAGCUGUCUGGUAGACUGUGCCUCUCUGACAUCACAUUUGACACUUUUUCCUUGAGACUUAUAGACUUGCUUAGUUCAUUUUAUGUUUCCUAUGUGUGUACUUAUAAUUUCUGAAAUAUUUAGGAAAGUUCUUAUUUACUCCACUAAUUGCCAAGAUUGGUGCUUGCUUUAUUAGGAAUUUGAUUAAACUGGGAAUCCUGUCAUACUCUGUAUUCUCCAGCUCACCUUGUUUUUAAUUGUAUUUGAGGCUUUAUCAUCUAUCUUUUUGCGGGUGGUAAGAGCCUAUAACCAUUAGCUUUAAAGCCUUUCUUUCUUAGAGCACUUUAAGGUGCUUGUUUAAGACUUUUGUGUAAUGUGCCAAACAGCACUUAACCUGCAUGUGCAUUUAUAGUCUGGAUUUUUCUCUAAUUUUGGGGAAACAGAAUGAACAGGAAAUGAAUUGUAGUCACUGAAUCCCAAACUGAAUAAUUAAUAAUGAAGGAUUUUUUGAUAGUAAAAGAUAGAUUAGACCCAAUCUAAAAAACUGAAUGAGAAGGAAUAAUUGUUUUGUUUUGUUUUAUAGUGGUAAAGUAUCUUUCAACACUGUUAGCAGUUUAGUGAGAUCUAUAAAGUUAAAAGGUUUCACUGUGGGUAUUCUCACUUUUAAGUUUUUAUCACUCUGAUCAGUGCUGCUGAGAAAAUGCUGAGAGGUGAAGUUAUUCCUAUUUAAGGACCAUGUUACUAACCAGCAGUCUUGUCUAAGUGACUAGGAAUCCUGAACUAUGAGAUGCUUUCACCCCAGAAAAUAAUAAAAAAUAUGUGAACAUUUCCUCUUGGCUUUUAUGUGACAAGGAUAUUUGGACAUUUAUGAAGUUGUAAUUCAAUUUUUUCAAACUUCCUCUAAUAGCACAUCAAUAUUCAGAGAAAAAAAAGAGGCUGGAUGUAUUGUGCUACAUAGAAUAGUCUGCACCUGAACUAGGCACACGCUUGACAAGUUUACUGCAGAGAGUGAAGUGGUAGCUAGCUAUUUGUUUAUUGAGAGCUUUAGUUUUGAAUUCAUAGCAGUUGAAUAAGGAUGUAUGUCCACCCGAUGUUAAGCCUCAGCCUCUCAGUCUUGUGUCUGCUCCUUGUGAAGGUGGACCAAACACUGGAGAGUCUAGUUGUGAUGUUAAAUGUCAGUAAAGGAGUUGUACAGACACGAAGAUUGUGUUGUAUGCUACUUCUGUGCAUCCAGAAACAAAGGCUUUUGUGUCUGGUUUGAAAUGCCAGCUCUGUUCAUUCUUUCUGUCCGCUUGGUUAGGGCUGUAUGUCUUCCCCACUUCCUCUGGGACUAUACUGAUGCCUUUCCCUGCUGUGUGUGGUUGUUUCUGUUUUUCUUUUUGGUUUCAGUUCAGUGCACAUAGCUGAGCUCCAGGGAGGGCAGUAACCCCUGACAGGAGAAUUGGUGGGUCCAUCCUCUCUUGCCCCUGACUUGAAAAGCAAUUUUGCUUUUUAAAGUAUUGUUGCCUCUGGUAUUUUGGUAACUAAACUUUCUAAGGCAAGAUUGUUGCUUUGAAAGCUUGACUUGUCUUUUUAAAAUGAAUGUUUGGCUGGUGUUAAUGAAGGGGAAUUGCAGAAUUGAUCUGUCUUGCGAGAUGCAAGUGUGUGACUCCCGGCUGCUUGCAUUCAGCCGCUGCCAUGGAUAUGUAUGUUUAUGCAGUAUUUCCAAAUGCUUUCAAUUGAAUGAAUGAUUUCCUCCUGAACUUCCUUUCAUGGCCCAAAGAAUUUUUAAUGUUGAAAAGCUGUGAAUAAGGAAGAAAUCUCAUGCUCAGACUAUAAAAUGAAUUCCAAAGUAACUGAUAGUAACAUGAGAGAAUUAUGUUAACAUGUUGCUUUGUAUAAAAAACUUAUUUAUAAAUGUGAAGCUUUUUGAUACUAUAAAAUUUUGUUUAAAAAUUAGAAGAGGCUUAAUUUUUUUUUUCUCUGCCUGAGGGAAGAAAGGAGAAGUGAGCUGUUGUGAGCCCCUUUGUAGUCUACUGUGUGCUUUAUGGGUUCUUAAGUCCUACAGAAAUCUAAGCAUCAGUAUAAAUAACAGGGUCAUUCAGAUCAGCAUUGGCUCGUGCGACAGCUUUGUGACUGACUGUUUUGGCCUUUUAUCUAUCAGCAGUGGGCUUUUUGGAAAUGCCAAGGAGAGUUAUUAGCCUGUAGAAAGUUAGCUGAGUUUCCAGUGUGAAAACCGUUGCCAGUGAUCCUGGUGAAGUCUGACCAGAACAUUCAUGCUCUCAAAGUGACUUAUGCAGUAUUCAAAAUAUCUAGUGCAAUGCCUUUUUUCUCCAUUUUUUGGUUGUUUUUGUAAUGGGUGCAGUGUAUUAUAGGAAAAAAUGAAAAUUAUAAUCAUGAGCAGUUUUGUUAAUGCUGCGUUGUCAGUUUUAUAAAGGAAGAUGUACAUAAUGUCUUUCAACAGGUUUUAAACCAGAAGAAAUAACAUUGUAAAUCACAGUAGCCUCCUAAUUUAAUAUGAAAAACUCAAUAUUAAAAGUACUUAGUGUAUUGAAAUGUAUAUAUUUCUCUAACCUUGUUUCCAACUGUUUUAUAUGAUUGACAUAUUAUUUAAAGAUAACCCUAGCCUUUUAGAGACUUGAACUGUAAAUAAAGAGGACCUACAAUAAACUGGA